AUGUUUCUCAGCCACCAACUGGAUCUGUUCCUGCGACCUCGAGCUCGAUCACAAUUAGGACCAACCAAAUCUACUGCUACUAUUUCCCAACGACCUCAAACUCGAUCACAAGCUGCACCAACCGGAUCUAUUACUGCUACUGCUAGUGUUCCCCAACCAUCCGGUCCUUCUAUUGCUGCUGAUGAUGAUAAUCCUGGUGAUGAUGAUCCUGGGUACAAUAGUGGUAGUGGGUACAAUGAUGGUGGUCCUGAUGAUGAUGAGGCUGUUGAGAAGCUCAACUAUGCUGGAAAUUUGGGUUUAAAUGCUCAUAAAAAUCAGGAGGAAAAUCAGGGGCUGAACAAUGCUGGUGGUGAUCAUGAGGCUGUUGUUGGAAAUUUGGGUUUAAAUGCUCCUGAAAAUCAGGAGGAAAAUCAGGGGCUAAACAAUGCUGGUGGUGAUCAUGAGGCUGCUGCUGGAAAUUUGGAUUUAAAUGCCUCUAAAAAUCAGGGGCUCAACAGUUUAAAUGCUCCUGAAAAUCAGGGGCUGAACAAUGCUGGUGGUGAUCAUGAGGCUGCUACUGGAAAUUUGGGUUUAAAUGCUCCUGAAAAUCAGGGGCUCAAUAAUGCUGGAAAUUUAGGUUUAAAUGCUCCUGAAAAUCAGGGGCUGAACAAUGCUCUGUUGGUUGUUGCUGAUGUAAAUGUUGUUGCUGAGGAGCUCAACAAUGCUGGAAAUUUGGGUUUAAAUGCUCCUGAAAAUCAGGGGCUGAACAAUGAUUAG